UUUUUACAUUAUUUUUUAAAUAUCAUAUAAAAGCAUUGAUAAUUCCUUAUAUUUGGGUUAGUUUGGGGAGUAGGUGGGUGUUUUGUGUGUGUGAUGUUAAAUCAAUGCAUUUAAUACAGUGUUGUAUUGAAGGCGACAAUAAUGUUAAAAGCGAAGCCCCCAAAGGUAACCGAAGCCCUGAAUGUAUUAGUAAUUCAAAAAAUUUAUUGAUUUUUUGCAGUUUAUAUUCAAUUUCAAAUUUAAACUUAUAAUAAUCAAAUAUUAUACACAUUUAUCAAUCAAACGGUAUAUACAUAACUUUCAAAUUAGUCCUCAAAGUUGUUAAAAAUUAUAUCAAUUUAUUUGAGUUCAAUCACUACACAAUUACAAUGACCAUCACUACCGCUACUAUUACUACUAGUAUUGGCCGAAAAUCAAUGAACCGAUUGAUUGUAUUGUUUGUUAUUAUCGUUCAGUUGAUUUCAAUGAAUUAUGCUGACCCGACAACCCAAUCUCACGAGGAAGUGGCUAAAGGUUUCUUUGAAAAGGCAUUUGACACAUCUUCCAAUAUUUUCAUCGGUUUGGUCAUCUUCACGAUUGUCUUGGUUAUUGCCUGCAUCUGUGGCGUAGUCCUCGUCGUCAUGUGCUGUACCGGUGCUGCAUGUUUUGGUGCCGCACAUGUGGCCAAUACUAUGGCUCAACAACAACAACAGCCCAAAGGAGGACAAAUCAUACAGAAAUCAGAACCCGCUGCCCCACAAAACAAAGUCUAAUAAAGAAUCUUAUGACUUAUGAGGUAAUGG